AAGAAAUAAAUAACGAAAUCAAGAAAUCAUACAGAGCUCCUCUCCUCUCCUAUGUCUUUCACACUCGCUAUAUCCAGAAAUAAUUAAGGGAGAAAAGAAAAGAGAUAAUCUUCGCAAAACCGGCCAGAAUCGCCGUUUUCGUUUCGCCUUCUGUCUGAGUUUUGCUGGAUUCUUGUGAUUUAAUCGGGGAAUUUUCUCGUCGUGUUUGCCCGAACCUUGGAUCAAAAUUUCCGGAAAUCGAUCGUCGAUCCCCGCUUCUUUCGAUUUUUUUUUCCUGGGUAUCGGCUCAAUAUCAUCGUAGGAAAUGGAUUCCGAUUCGUGGAGGAAUCAUCUCGCUUCGGCGUCGAGGAGGUACCAAUUGGCGUUUCUGUCGCGAUCUGACACAUUCUUGGGGUUUGAAGAGAUAGAUGGAGAAGAUGAUUUCAGGGAGGAGUUCGCUUGCCCGUUCUGUUCAGACUAUUUCGAUAUUGUUUCUCUGUGCUGCCACAUAGAUGAAGAACAUCCUACGGAGGCAAGAAAUGGGGUAUGUCCAGUUUGCAUGGUUAGAGUGGGCAUUGACAUGAUUGCACAUAUAACCCUUCAGCAUGCCAAUAUAUUUAAGAUGCAGCGAAAAAGAAAAUCAAGAAGAGGAGGGUCUCAGUCCACGCUCUCGGAAAUCUUGAAGAGUGAGUUUCCCGAAAGGAACUUAGAGAGCUUAUUCGGGGACUCGUCCUGUGUAGUCUCUUCUUCUACCGCCAACGCGGCUGCAGACCCUCUUCUUUCUUCGUUCAUCUCACCAAUGCCUGAUGGGUUUUUUACAUCCGAGUGUCGUUUAUUAGCUCCGGAAACUGAUCUUUCCAGGAAAACAUCAAACGAGACGUCGCUUGAAAGAAACGUGGGAAAGCAAUCUCUUUCAGCGGAGGAUCACAAAGAGAAGUUGAAAAGGAGCGAGUUCGUUCAAGGGCUGUUGAGCUCCGUGAUUCUUGACGAUGGCUUGUGAAGGCAGGGAAUAUAUUCCGACAUAACUUCAGUUAAAAAAAAAUGUACGGCCUUUGUUUGUUUUGUGAUCUACAAAGGUAGGGGAAAUUAUGAGUGUAAGUUCAAAACACUGUAGUCCAUCUCAUCGUAUUCCUCUUAAUUUCGUUUAUAUUUAUUUA